AUGGACUCGGAUUCGCCGCCGCAGCGACACAACCCACCGCACAUACGACUCAAUUCUGGCAGCGAUGAUCUACUGCAGAUGGCUUCAUCUGGCACAGACUCAGAGUCACGGCCGCAAGCCCAACGCCAGACCUCCGCGCGCUCAUUAACGAACCCAACACGGCCUGGCACCGCGCCCUCAAUCCGCGCCGCCCCCAGCGCGACCUCGCUCUAUUCCUCACAGGCCCCGGCCGAAUCAGCAGAACUCCUCCUACCGCCGCGAAAAAGUAAAACGCGGAGAUUUCGAGAUGAAGACAGUCCCAUGCGAUCGCCUGUUGGCAGUGAAAUGAACAGCAGAAGGACGUCGUGGUCUUCAGAAAGCGCUGGCAGCAGAGACAGCCGAUACGGCGGGCCUUUUGUGUCUCCAUUCGACGAUUCGCGCGCACCAUCAAGAGCAGGCAGCGAUGAUGAGGGUGUGAAUACCCAGACUGUGAGCGAGAAGUACAACAUCUUGCCGUCGGCUGGCCUUCUGCUAUUCCCUGAAGAUGUGGAGAAAGAUGACUACCUCCACAACCCGGACCCCAACGACAAGGAUGGCAGACUGAAUUGUGCUGAUUUGUUCAGCAAAAGAGGUAUUGUGAACGUUGGAGGUCUGGCUCUCAUAACCAUUGGAAUUCUUAUUCUCUUCAUCGGAUACCCCAUAUUAACAUACGUUCAAGACGCGAUCAACCCAGGAGGUGACUCGUGCACGUCAAAUCCAGACUGCAUAUCUCAAGACACGGCGCUGCUCAAGAACCUACGCAAAAGUCUGAUCGACCCGGACACGCCAGACAGUGUCAAGACGCGCACUGGCGACAACGGUAACAAGCAGCAACUGGUCUUCAGCGAUGAGUUCAACGAAGCAGGGCGCACCUUUUACGAUGGCGACGAUCCAUACUUCCAAGGCAUGGAUUUUUGGUACGGAGUCACGCAGGAUUUGGAGUGGUACGACCCCGAUGCGAUUUCGACGUCUGGUGGUACACUCAAUCUACGUUUCGAUGCCUUCCAAAAUCACAAUCUAAACUAUCGCUCUGGCAUGUUGCAGUCGUGGAACAAGCUGUGCUUCAAAGGCGGAUACUUGGAGGCCUCCAUUUCUCUGCCUGGCCGUGGUGACAUUGUUGGAUUCUGGCCCGGUUUCUGGGCCAUGGGCAAUCUCGGCAGGCCAGGUUAUGCAGCAACGACGGACGGCAUGUGGCCAUACAGCUACCACGACGUCUGCGAUGCUGGCAUCACACCGAAUCAAUCUGAUCCCGAUGGACUCAACUACCUACCUGGCAUGAGACUACCUGCAUGUACUUGCCAAAACGGCGAUCACCCGUCCCCAGGAAACAGUAGAAGCGCGCCAGAAAUCGAUGCCAUCGAGGCUCAAGUCGAGUAUCUUGAUCCCCCGAUUGGUCGAGCUGUCGGUGGCGCCUCGCAGUCGUUCCAGGUAGCACCAUUCGACGUCUUCUGGCAGCCGCAGGGCGAUUGGAUGGAGAUCUACGACUAUUCAGUUGUCCAAGCAAAUAACUACCAAGGAGGCCCAUUCCAGGAGGCCGUAUCAGCUGUAGCUGCACUCAACAACGAUUGGUACGAUGGGAACGCAUAUCAAAUCUACGCUUUCGAGUACGAGCCUGGCGCAGAUGGAUACAUUACUUGGUAUGUCGGCGCCGACAAGACUUGGAAGGUCACUGGCAACGCGGUUGGGCCGAACGGCAACAUUGGCCAGAGAGUGAUACCAGAAGAACCGAUGGCCAUCAUUGCCAACUUUGGCAUGAGCACGAGUUUCUCGACUGUCAACUUCACUGGUAUUGGUCCCCUCUUGCCGGCCACUAUGCGGAUCGACUACAUCCGGAUCUACCAGAAUGAUGGAGACGAGAUGACAUGCGACCCUCAAGGAUACCCGACAACUGAGUACAUUGAGAAUCACCCUGAGCCAUACGCUAACUUCAACCUGACGCAGUGGUCGGCAGCGGGAUACGAUUUCCCUCAAAACUCGUUCAUGCACAGUUGUACGGCGGAGAACUACAACGGCAACAAGGACAGCAACAAGGCCAAGAAGAGCAAACGGUCGAGCCGAUCUGCGCCAUCUGACAAGACAAGCUGGCUGCCUUGGAGCUGA